AUGCUGAGUGCCUUCUUGAUUGCCCAGCUGGCCCUGUUGCUGAGCAGGGUGGGGCCAGGCCUGGCUGCUGCUCCUACACAGAUCCAUCGUGCUGGAUACUGUUCGUUCUACGACACGUGUGGCAAGAACCCCGAGAUUAAUAAUGGCAUUCUUACCCCCACUGUGCCUUGCGUCUCCAACACACAAGCCCGGCAGCUUUCUGGCUACCACCUUGAACUCCUGAAGACGACCUGCCCAAUGUUAUACAAAGGGGCCAAUGACACCUUUGCCUGCUGUUCCAUUCUACAGCUGGGAGCGUUGAAGCUCAGCCUCACCAUCUCCCAAGCGAUUCUGUCCCGAUGCCCAUCAUGUGCUGAGAACUUUGCCAACAUCUACUGCCAGAACACCUGCAGCCCGAAUCAAAGCCUCUUCACCAAUGUCACUCGUGUCUUUAACACCACCACCAUCUUCGACAUAAAAAAGCAGGGCGUCUUGGAGUACCAGUGCUACUACAAACAGGAUUUUGCUGACCGGUCCUUCAACUCUUGCAAGGGUGUCCGUCUGCCUGCCACUGGUGGCUAUGCGAUUGGUGCCAUGUGUGGCAAAUACGGGUCCACUUUGUGCACCACUCAGCGGUGGCUGGAUUUCCAGGGGGACUCAAGCAAUGGGCUGGCUCCUUUGGCCGUCUUGUUCAAGUUGGUGUCAGAUGACACCGUCGUUGGGGAUGACAUUGUGCCACUCAAUGCGACUACUUGGAAGUGCAGUGAACCCGUGAGAGGGAGUGGAGACAGAUGCUCCUGCCCAGACUGCCCUGAUUCUUGCCCUCACAUCCCAUCUCCCACCCCUGCACCUCCACCCUUUAAAGUAGGUAAUAUGCGUGGAUCCUUAUUUCUGUGCUUGCUUCUGUUCUGCCUUCUCACGCUGCUUUUUAUGUCUUUCCUGGUGUGGCGAUGUUGCUCCUCAGCUAAGAAAUCAAAAGAUCAGAGCCUCAAGAUGGUGAGCAAUGGGUUGACCUCUUCUGAAAAGCUUAGCCGGGCAAUCCAGAACUUCCUGACCAGAGCUUUCAGCAGCUGGGGCAUGCUGGUGGCCUCUUACCCUAUUACAGUCAUUGUCAUUUCAACAGGGGUGGUGGUUGCGCUCUCCAGCGGAAUAGUCUUCAUCCAACUUACCACAGACCCUAUAGAGUUGUGGUCCUCCCCUGACAGCCGGGCCCGGCAGGAGAAGGACUUCUAUGAUCAGAACUUUGGGCCUUUCUUCAGGACCAACCAGGUAAUCCUGACAGCCAAAGGCCAUCCCAACUACACCUAUGAUUCUCUCAUCCUGGGCAAGAAGAACUUCAAUGGGAUUUUGUCGAUGGAUGUGCUAAAGCAGUUGUUGAUCCUGCAGUCAAAGCUGCAAAACAUUGAGGUCUGGUCUGAAAAGCAUGACAGGAAUAUUUCUCUCCAAGAUGUCUGCUAUGCACCUCUGAACCCCCAAAAUCCCAGCCUCUCUGACUGUUGUGUCAACAGCCUGUUGCAGUAUUUCCAGAACAAUCUCACUCAUCUGGAGAUGACGGCGAACCAGACAAUAAACGGACAGCAGGGCACAGUGGACUGGAGAGAUCACUUCCUCUACUGCAUCAACUCACCGCUCUCCUUCCAAGACAUCACAGAGCUGAAGCUGAGUUGUAUGGCAGACUAUGGAGCUCCUGUGUUUCCCUUCCUGGCAGUAGGGGGUUAUCCAGGAGAGGAAUACUCUGAAUCCCAGGCACUCAUCCUUACCUUUUCCUUGAACAACUACCUCAGCAGUGACCCCCAUUUUGACAUGGUGAUGUUGUGGGAGAAGCGAUUCCUGGAAAUUUUAGGGAAAUUCCAGCAGGAAAGCGAAUAUGCUGACAACUAUUCCAUUGCCUACAUGGCUGAGCGCUCCCUGGAGGAUGAAAUUAACCGCACCACCUGGGAAGACUUCCCUAUCUUUGCUAUCAGUUACUUGGUGAUCUUUUUGUACAUCACGCUGGCCUUGGGCGAGUACUCCAGCUGCACACAUCUCCUGGUGGACUCCAAGGUGACACUAGGCCUCGGUGGGAUCCUGGUAGUGGUGGGGGCCGUGCUGUCUUCUUUGGGAUUUUUCUCUUAUGUGGGGCUGCCCUCCUCCCUCAUCAUUGUUGAGGUUGUUCCCUUUCUGGUCUUGGCGGUUGGUGCUGAUAACAUCUUCAUCUUCGUGUUGGAGUACCAGCAAUCUGAGCAGCAGCCAGGGGAGAGCAGGGAGCAACACAUUGGACGAGUGUUGGGGAAUGUGGCUCCCAGCAUGUUCCUCUGCAGUCUUUCUGAAGCCAUCUGCUUCUUCUUGGGUGCUUUAUCAGAGAUGCCGGCAAUUCGGACUUUUGCCCUCAAUUCUGCUAUGGCCAUCCUCUUUGACUUCCUGCUUCAGAUGACCACGUUUGUGGCCCUGGUGUCUCUGGAUGCCCGCAGGCAGAAGGCCUCACGUUUUGACCUGUGCUGCUGUGUUCGCCUCGAGAAACGGGGAAAGGUGAAAAAGCACAAGAACCUCCUUCGCUCUUUCACAAAGCGGUUCUAUGUGCCUGUCUUGCUCAACAGCAUCGUCCGAAUGCUGGUGAUGGUGCUCUUCAUCUUCAUGUUCUGCAUGGGGAUCUUCCUGAUGUUCAAUAUCCAGGUGGGGCUGGAUCAGGAGCUGUCUAUGCCAGAGGACUCCUACAUGCUGAAGUACUUUCAGUACCUGAACCAGUAUUUUAUGGUUGGUGUCCCAACCUAUUUUGUCACUACUGGGGGCUACAACUUCUCCUCAUAUGAUGGAAUGAAUGGUGUCUGUUCCAGCACAGGAUGUGACAAUAACUCCAUGACCCAGAAAAUCCAAUACGCCACACAGUUCCCCAAGGAGUCCUACCUGGCCAUUCCUGCCUCUUCGUGGGUAGAUGACUUCAUAGACUGGCUGAAUCCCAUGUCCAGCUGCUGCCGCAUACAAUCUGGCCAGUUCUGUGACUCUACAAACACAGACCAAUACUGCUCAAAGUGCAUGAAGCUGACAACUGACACUCUCCGGCCUGACGUGGAACAAUUCAACGAAUUCCUGCCCUGGUUUCUCAAUGACACACCUAAUCUCAAUUGUCCCAAAGGGGGCCGUGGUGCCUAUGACACAUCAGUACGACUGGGGCCAGAUGGAGAAAUCCUGGCUUCCCGGUUCAUGGCUUAUCACACACCCCUCAAAAACUCGCAAGAGUACACAGCGGCACUCAAGGUGGCACGAGAGUUGUCAGACAACAUCACAGCCAGCAUGCGGAAAGUACCAGGAACGGAUCCCAGUUUCCGAGUCUUCCCAUACUCGAUCACCUAUGUGUUUUAUGAGCAGUAUUUGAACAUUGCCAUAACAGGCUUCGUCAACUUGGUCUUCUGCCUGGUGCCCACCUUUGUUGUGUGCUGUGUCCUGUUGGGCAUGGACUUGCGUUCGGGCUUCAUCAACUUGCUCACCAUCAUCAUGAUUGUGGUGGACACUGUGGGAGCCAUGGCAUUGUGGGGGAUCUCGUACAAUGCCAUCUCUCUCAUCAACCUAGUGACGGCCGUGGGCAUUUCAGUGGAGUUUGUAUCCCAUAUCACCCGCUCUUUUGCCAUCAGCACCAGGCCCACCAAGCUAGAAAGGGCCAAAGAGGCUACUAUUAAUAUGGGCAGUGCGGUUUUUGCUGGCGUGGCAAUGACCAACCUACCCGGCAUUGUGGUCCUGGCCUUUGCCAAGGCACAGCUGGUCCAGCUUUUCUUCUUCCGCGUCAACCUCCUCAUCACUGUGCUGGGCAUGCUGCAUGGCCUCAUUUUCCUGCCUGUCGUCCUCAGCUAUUUUGGGCCCAGUGUCAACCAGGCUUGGGUACAGGCACAACAGCAGAGAGUGGGCAGCCUGGCCGUGAGCAACCCUGCUUUUGAAGGAAAACAGAGCCCAAGUGAAAGUGUCUCUCCCAGACACUGCCAGCCUCUGGAAACAGGCUCAGAUUCCAGGGGAAACCAUGAAGAGGGAAAGGACCUGAACAGCAAAAACGGAAGGGUUUGGACAGUCACCACGAAGAAGGAGUCAACUUGCAGAACAGCCUCAGCGCCAGGCACAGACUCUGGGAAAGGUGUGCAACAUCCAGCCUCCGCUGUGGAAGGCAAUCACAUCAGCAGGACAAGGCAGGCCUAG